GGAUCUGAGCAGACAAGGUGAAGUCUCCUGUUGUGAUUCAUGCUCAGGCAAAGAGCGGGCUUGAAUGGAAUCCUGUAGCUGUGACUCUUGACAGUAAACCAACGGAUAUUUGACUCUUUGGAAAUAACAGAUUGGAGAAAUUUGUGAGGACAAGAUGGAGGCAAACAGUGAAACCACAAAAAUCCUUGAGAAGGGUCCUGAAUACCUUCGGAGGCAAAUGGAACUGGAGAAUGAGACAAAAGGACGUAUGAGUGCUGUGGAAAGGCUCGCUGCAAGUAAACCAAAGUACGUCAAAAGUCAGCAAGUGGUCAACACCACCCAGGAGCCAGUGAUCAGUCUCGGUUCGGCAUCUGUGAGUAGCACUGGGUCUUCUAACCGAAGUUCAACCCGUAACGGAAAUCCUAUCUCUGGGAGUAAAUCUACUCAUCAUAAAGGUGUUGCUCAACUCAGUUCCAAGAGGAGACCAGACUCUCUUCUGCUUUAUAGGCAGAAAUGUGACUUACUCCGAGGGUCAGAAGUCAAUGGCCAGAAACACCAUAUAACUAGAAAACUUCCACUAAAUUCUCCGAAUAGAUAUGUGCCAUCGCUCCAGGCUGCUGACAGGGAACAUGAGCAUGAUGACAGCAAUGAAAAAAUCAGCACACCUGAGGGAAAGGCAAAGGAAUGCAGCUUCCAUGUAAUUGUUUCUCAGUCAGAGAACCUCUCUAAUGGAUCGACAAAAGAAAACAGCAACAAGCCAGGAGCUGAUGGUCUUCUUGCAGUUCCUGAGAUUGAGAGGAGGUCUGGUAAGGGAGUGAGCCGUUCCCACUCAGAUAUCAGUUCUAGGUACUCCAAAAAUUUUGCAGACUUUGAUGCAUUUUUCAAGUACUGCGGCCUGGAGGGUGAGGUGAUUGAGUCCUUGGGGAGGGAGAACUUUUCAGCACGCUCCGAUGAGAUCUUGAUAAACAUUAGGAGUGUCAGCAUCUCCACGUCCGAUGAUGGUUUCUCCAGGGACAGCGGUGAAAGCGACGGACUUCUUGAGGAUGAGUUGCACAAAAAAAUAGGGCAAGGCACAUCGGUUAUUGAGCGCAAUGCACGCAUCAUCAAAUGGCUGUACAGCUGCAAGAAUGCCUCAGAGACUGGAAAAACGUUACGUGACCUUAACUGAAUACUUGAUCAAAAUUAUAUAUCUUUUUGGCUCAAAUAACACUAAGUGACUUCUGAUCUUGGAUCCCCGCACAGUAUACAAUGGAUGGGUUCAAGACUGCUGGAAAAAAUGUUACUACCACAAUGUCAGAAAUUGUGUCUUUUGCACACCAUGACUGAGUACUGUGAAAAUAAAUGAUCUGGUGUAAGUACUACUCUCUGACAAAUAUUAAACUUUGUCAAAUGAAUUAACUUUCAAAACCUUUAACUACAACCAAGAGAUGUUGAAAGGCCAGAAAGCUGAGGAGAAGGAAUUGGCUAAAAGACUGCUGAGCCAAAUUUCAAGUUUCAAAAGUCAUAUCAUCAUGUAUCUCAUAAUAAUCUUGUAUUAAGCUAUAUAUCCUUCAAAGAUGUGUGAAGUUCUAACAAAUGGUAGUACAUACCCUCAGUGGGAUUUCCUUUUUAACAAUAUUUCAUUCUGGUACAUAUCUAAAGCAUUACUAUGUCAUUUAUCAUCAAAACUACUUUGCACUAAUGUUAAUGGUUUGGGGUAAUGGUUUGAGUAAUUAUAUCCGGAUGAAAGGAUAAAAGCACCAGGAAUGGUGUUUUUUUUUUUUUUUUUCGUUUAUUUUUUUUUUUUUCUUGCUACAAACAUCUAAGGAUGAUGUUCAUUCAUUCUGAACUAGAUUACCUCAAAUGUGAAAUGGGUUCAAAUUACAGUUUUAUGUUGUGCUCCUUUAAAGUUCAUAGAAGAGUGGACUCCUCAUUUUUCCAGGUGAAAGGUAUGCAGUUCUUCAUGCACAGAGCGUCAAAAUCAAAACAAGAUACAGGUGGCCAAAUAAAAGAAUUGUCAGUCUGCAAGACAUACUGCCUCCUUGUGUUACUGUGUUUAUGUUACAGUAAUGAAACACGUAUGGUUGCUUAAUAUGAAUCUAACUGAGCUCAAAAGCUGUGAUCAUUUCCUUAGCCAAGCCAUCAACUGGUUCCUAAGACAUGUGUGAAAGGAAUGUGGCUGGUAAUCUGAUGGGCUUAUGUCCAGUGACCCGUUAAAACUGUAUCUCCACUUACCUUUUAGUCUUCGCCUGCUUUGUCUCCCCAACACAUUAUCCCAUUUUCUGUCUCCCUGCCAAGUUUCUCUACAGCUUGUUUAACCCUCGGAGGGUGUAAUAGAAGUUGGGGAAAAUACAACUGAGGUAGUUCCAGGACUAAAGUUUUGUUCUAUUUUGAAAGAUAUGAAACUAGCCAUGACUAUGCUGUGCAUGUGACUAGGUGAGAAUGAUUCAACAACUGCCUAAUUAUAUUACACUAAGCACUGAAGUUAUGCCAUAACAAGUCCCAGCCAGUCAUCUUUACUUAGUUUCCAGGUUUUCAAUUUGGCUGAAAAGUUGAUCCUUUAUUACCUCAGUGUCAUUAUGACUUUUACCACAGCCUGACUUUAACGUGACUGUAAUCCUUAGUCAAAUCAAAGGCAAAAUGACAUUUCUUUUAUCCGAACUGUGUGUAACAUUCAAACAAAGCAAUUAAUUACUGCUUUUAUAAUUAGUGUGUGCUAUAUUCAUGAUGAAAGAUUUAUCCUAAUCACACAUUAGAAUAAGUUGCCUAAUUGGUGGCACCAAGCAUUAAGCAGUCUCACUAAAGGAAUACAUGUCAUGGUCAUUUAUGUAAAACAUUGUCUUAAAAACAAUAUUUCAAACACCCAUGCUUCUGGUGACAUCACAUAUAGAAUAAAGCGAUGCCUUUAGAAAGGGUCUUUAGAGAAAGUGCAUUCUUAUUUUUCCUAAAUGUCUCCUUAUUUGCCUAAUGGAAUUUCUUCUUCAGUGUGGUAUUCUAACACCUGCAGAAAAACAUUACAACCAUAUUAAGCAAUCCUGCAUGAAUUUCAGAAAUGUCUGGCCCCAAUUAUACCACUGAAAUAUCUUUAAGAAGAGGACAACCACAUUGUCCACAUGCACAGUAUUCAUAUUGUA